AUGGCCAUACUUAAACUCGCCGUCCUCAUCGCCCUGGCCGCGGCCCUCGCCAAUGCCCAAUCCGCCAACCCAGGCAUCGGCUCGAACCCCACGGCCGACGGUGCGACCGACGACGUUACCUCCAACACUGGACCUAAUGGCUCUGAAGACUGGCUCAAUACCGGCAUCACCGGCGAUGGCUGGUCACCUCCUUACCUCGCACUCGAAGACAUCUACCACAUCUCGCUCGACGAAUUCUACGCUGGCAUCGGCUCCCCCUGCAAACAAUACGACCAGUACUUUCAAAGCGCGAGCUCAAAAUACGGCGUGGACGCCGUGAUCCUCGCCGUGCUAGCAAUGCAAGAAUCCUCCUGCAACGCCGACGCCGGGGGCCCAACACCAGGCCUAAUGCAGGUAUCCUGCGACAACUACCCGGACGGCCAAUGCACGGAUUCGAUCCAGGAUAAUGUUGAUGCCGGAACGAAGUACCUCACGGACCAGAUUGAUUCAUCGGGUGGUAAUGCGCUGCAGGCGUUUGGAUCGUAUAAUGGCUGGUUUGUUAAGGACAGUGGGUUGAAUGGGAACAAGGGGUUGACGGAGGAUUAUCCUUGUUCGGAUGAGGGGCAGUCGAAUGGUGUACCGCAGAAUUUGGAUUAUUUGCAUCAGGUGCUUAAUGGGUGGUUGAUGGGGUUGGAUGUUUAUGGGGAUGAUAACUGGAUUGGGACGUAUGGGUGUGAUCAGUCUUGUGGGGAUGGGAGUAAGUGUUAG